AUGGUAAGACUAUUUUCAAGAUCUCGAAAGCAUACAGACUCUGAUGAGGGUUCAGCAGUAAGAAAGUCUAGAAAGCCACCAAACAGUGCCUUCAGACAACAGAGGUUGAAGGCGUGGCAGCCUAUUUUAUCUCCACAAUCAGUGCUUCCGCUGUUGAUUGUUAUAGCCGCGAUAUUUGCUCCUAUUGGUAUAGGCCUUAUAAUUACAGUGAAUAAUGUCGAAAACCUUUCUAUUGACUACAGCCAGUGUCAUAAACUAGCUUCAAAUGAUUACAAAGAGAUUCCCUCGAAGUAUGUUAAAUACCAUUUCAAAAACAAGGUAGAAGAAAAGCCUCAAUGGAGGCUUGAGAGCAGUGGUGAUGAUCAAACUUGCCUAUUAAGGUUUGAAAUUCCACAUGACAUCAAGAAAUCAGUUUACGUCUACUAUAAGUUAACCAACUUCUACCAAAAUCAUAGAAAAUAUGUAUCUUCAUUUGAUAUUGAUCAACUGAAAGGCCACGCCAUUGAUCCUGACAAUCUUGUUAGCGAUUGUAAGCCGCUUCGAGAAGAAGAUGGGAAAGCAGUGUAUCCAUGCGGAUUAAUUGCCAAUUCCUUGUUUAACGAUACCAUAUCCUUGUCCUUGAACAACACUGCAAACAAAGAGGAAAGCUAUCAAUUAACUAACAAGAAGAUAGCCUGGAGCACGGACCGUAAGAGAUACAAGAAGACGAAGUAUAAGGCGUCAGAUAUCGUACCUCCUCCAAACUGGCGCAAGAGAUUCCCCGACGGAUACACCGAGGAAAACCUCCCAGAUAUUUCCAAGUGGGAAGAACUUCAAGUGUGGAUGAGAACGGCAGGUCUACCAAAGUUCUACAAACUAGCUGCAAAAAACGAAAAUGGAACCCUAAAAAAGGGAAUUUACGAAACAAGCAUUGGCCUAAAUUAUCCAGUACAAAUAUUUGGUGGAUCCAAAUCCUAUAUCCUCACGACAAACAGUAUAGUGGGUGGUAGAAACAUGUCUCUAGGUAUAGUCUACCUAAUUGUAGCAGCUGUCGCAAUCAUGUUUGCAGUAAUUUUUGUCAUCAAGUUGGUAGUGACUCCAAGAAAGAUGGGUGACCAUUCUUUCCUACACUUUGCAGAACAAGAUGAUGAAACUGUUCCACCAGCAUCAUCAUCAACAUGA